AUGCUGCUCAGUAGUACCACAGCGAGCGUUGCAGCUGGAAGAACAAAGUGCGAGCCUUCCCAGACAGCUACGCCCACCGCAGCAUUGGGGCUCCUCGAGCUGGUCGCGCUUGGCACCGCCGAGCUGCUCGAAGUAAAUGAGCUGGCGCUGGUGGUGGUUGAGGUAGCAGAGCUGCUGGUGCUGCUUGUGGUGCUGCUGGUAGCAGAAGUUGUUGAAGAGGUGUCGGUGUUGACCGAGCUGAUGGAAAAUGAGAUGAGAGUGCCGAGGGUUACCGCUGCAUUGGUGCUCGAUGAGGAAGACGUUGAGCCGGAAGCGGAUGAUGCUGAGGAGAUGCGUGAGGUAAUGGGUGAGACCGUGCUGGCGAGCGACACGGAGCUUUGCGCGUGGACCGGGAGCAAGUUUGCAAUGCACAUGAUGACCAUGGCUACGAGAGCGAGGGUCUGCGUAGAAGGGUUUCGCACCAUGAUUGCUGAUUGUAGAUUUGCUGGGUGGACGAUGAGGAAUAUGUGA